UUUUUUUUUUUUUUUUUAAUAUUUUAUUUUCCCUUUUUAUGAAUACGAAGUCCGUUUUUGUUCGAGUUAUACGACUUUUAUCAUAAGUCGAACAAUGCAGAUAGUACUUUAUCUAGCUCACAUUUACACACGACGUAAGAAUUUUUGCGGUUUGAUUGCGUUCCUCAGAUAGCCAGAAACAGUUAAACUAGUAGUUCCACAUGUUACGACAAUAAUAAAGUUAAUGCUUAUACGAGUACGUUGUGAUACUUUGUUGAUUCGCGAGUGGUUUUUUUUUCAACGUUUUGGGGCCUGAGGGCUGAAGUUUCAUCGCCUCGCGUUGUUUUACGUUUUGCUGAAGUGGAUCUCAAUAUUUUACGUAGUCAUCAUGGUUCAAGCGAGAAUCGUAUUAUGGAUCAUGAUAUUCAGCAUGAUCAACUGCAACAUGUUCCUGACCAAUAAUAUCAACAUAGCAAUCGUUUCUAUGGUCAAAUAUGCCAAAUCAAGUCCAGGGGGAGCAGCAGAGACGAGUGUUUGUGGUAAUCGAACUAUCGCCACAAAGCAGUAUUCGGAUAAUGGGAGAAGCAAGCUCACAUGGACCAAAGACGAGCGGAACUUCGUCCUAGGAGCUUUCUACGUACUACCCUGGCUGUCUCAAUUCUUCGGCGGAGUCUUAUCGCACAAAUAUGGUACCAAAGUUGUCGUAGGACUGAGCACAGUAAUCGGCUGCGUGAUGUCUUCUCUCAUACCAAGUCUAGCCUACAUCGAUCCCAGACUGGUAAUGGUAGUCAGAGCGAUCCAAGGAUUCAUCGGAUCUUUGGCUUUUCCAGCAGGUCUCUACACCAUCAUCGGGCAUUGGUGUCCGCCCCACGAACGAGGAAGAUUCAUGACGGUUUUCCUAGGUACAUCGCUUGGAAUAGCUGUUGGGUAUCCUAUGUUUGGGUAUAUUGCCGAGACCAUUGGAUGGGAAUGGGUGUUCCAUGUUACUAGUCUGAUUGGAAUAGUGUGGUAUAUUUUAUGGCUAUAUUUAGUCUACGAUUCGCCUCAUGAUCAUCCCAGGAUCAGCGAAGAAGAGAAAAGGUAUAUCAAGAGUUCGUUGGGCAAGUCGACUGCUCGGCAAAAUAAGUUACCAGUUCCUUGGGUAGCUAUUCUAACCUCGAUGCCAUUCUGGAUUAAUAUUAUAUGCCAAUUUGGAGUUAUUUGGGGACGAUUCACCACCAAUAUCUAUGUUCCUACGUAUUUUAAAGCCGUCCACGGUGUAAAUGCCAAAGAAAAUGGACUCAUAUCCGGAAUACCCUUUCUACUCAAAUCGGGGUUAUCUUAUUUAUCUGGUGUAAUCACUGAUCUCGUAUUAAGAAGGGAAAUGAUGUCAAAAACUGGCGUUCGCAGUUGGUCAACUUUUAUAAGUUCGGUAUUGGCUGGAGCAACUUUGAUUGGCGUCUCUUACGCAGAAUGUGAUUCAAAUAUGGCCAUAAUCUGUAUGAGCUUGUGUAUAAUUCUGAAUGCUUGCUUUAUUACUGGAUCCAGCGUAGCUAUUGUUGAUAUGAGCCCUAAUUUCUGCAGUAUUCUGCAAGGCAUCUGUGGCACGAUUGGUAUGAUAUCUGGUUUCAUAUCACCAGCCUUAGUGAGCUUAUUCAGUCGCUUCUACAAAGACGAUCCAUUAGAACAAUGGAAAUUAGUAUGGUUAGUCACCGGAGCAGUUUACAUGAUCCCGGGAAUGAUUUUUGUAUUAUUUAGCGAUUCUGAACUACAACCUUGGAACGAGGUGAAAGAAAAACCGGCAGACGAAGAAUUGAUCGAAAAAGAGAAGAAGUGAAUCGAAAAAUAUAAUUCGAAGAUGAAACUAUUUAUUCGGUGCGUUAAAUACAUCAAUGAGUACCUACUUUAUAUGUAGUAGAAAAAGUCCUUCAAACUGUACAAUUUUAAUAAAUAAUAAUUGAAGUUUCGUUUUUUAAAA